AUGGCAGUAACAAACACUCCGACAGACUCGGGUAUUCUCGCCCCCAACUCUCCUCCUCAAACGCCACCCAAGAUGGCCAUGGACGAACCUGAAGCUUCGCUGCUGGCGGCCAAGCUUCCCGUCUUCUCCUCCGCCUCGCCCAUGAACGCGGAGGUUGACAUUGCGUCUCUCGAAAUUGCAGCCAAAGUUCUCCAGAUCAUCGACCGUUAUCGCCUGCGCAAACCCUCAAACGCAACUACAAAAGCCGACGAAGGCGCGCUCAAGUUCCUCGCGCUCAUCUACAGCCAUGUCAAGGCUGGAGAUGUGAUCCCCAUGUGCCUCCCAGCAUUUCCGUUCAAGUCUCCGAAUUCUAUUUCCAAGGUGCUUGGAAAGCUGCCUGAUAGGGCUGAAGACCUGGCACUUUCCCACCUCAAUGGCCUUUGCGCUUCUAUUGAGCGAGUGUAUGCUCCUGGCGCGAAACUCACAAUCAUCUCGGACGGUCUGGUAUAUAAUGAUCUACUAGGUGUCGCGGACAAAGACGUCUGGUCGUACGGAGAAUCGCUGCGCAAACUCGCCGUUGACCAGGAGUACACGAACAUCGCGUUCUCUCGGUUGCGCGAUCUGGUCUCGAUCGAUGUUCCUGAUGAGCUUGACGAAAUUACAUAUGUCUCCAACGCAACAAACUUUCGUCGCGCACUGCUCAACACAUUUAGCCGUCCCGACUGGAACUGGAAAGAGGUUAGCCAGAGCGAAGACGUAUGCCUCACAUAUAGAGGCUACAUCAAGUUUCUGGAGACCGAUCUGGAGCAUGUCUAUCCCAUUGGCGAAAACCGAUCCAAGACUAAAUUCAAACGCGGCAUCGAGGCCAUUGCGCGUGAAAUGAUGGCGCGUGGUGACGCCUUUGCAAGCGCGGUUCGCAAGCGAUAUAGCGACUACGUCCGUCUAUCUAUUCACCCCUCUACGGGUGCCACCAAGUUGUCUAUUAGCCUUUUGCCAACGACGACCAUGUUCACCACGCCAUGGCACUGCAGUGCCGCAAUCAUGAUGGACGGAACAGUCCAGACUGCACCGCGCUCUCAAUUGGAAAAGGACGACAAGCUUGAACUGGUGUACGAAAACGGCAGACCAAGCUAUUUCCGCGAAAAGUCUGAUCUUUUUUCAUGGGCCGACGGCAAGGGCGGCAUUGACUGCAAGCCCAUCUACCCGUCGGGAUGGUUGAUCACGCCAAAGGGCGGGAAGAAGGCACUUUCUAUGCGCGACGUCGAUGCCAAGAAGGUCCGAGCACUCGCGGAGCACAACUCUCCAAUCAUCAUGCGAGGUUUUGCGCAGACCAUCGAUCGCGACCAGUACGUGGAGAAGGCGCAUGAAUUCGGCACGCCUCUCCCCUGGAAAUUUGGCCUCAUCCUUGAGGUCAAGGACCAGGGCGCCAACACGGCCGGCUUGAACAACGUCUUGUCGGCCGAGUGGAUGCCAUUCCAUUUUGACGGACUCUUCAAGACUGUCAAGCAGAUCAACGAGCAGGGUGAGGAAGCUCUCAUCUCGGUGCCUCCAAAGUUUCAAUUCUUCGUUGGCGCGUCGGCCUCUCCAAAGGACACGGGCUUUACGGUGUUCUCCUCUUCCACGACAUUCUUCCGAUACCUGCCGUCGUGGGUCGAUAUUGAGGACCUCAAGACCAAGACCUGGUCAGUCUCGACCUCGUCGUUUGACCAGACCACCAUGACGGGAAUCCCACUGGUCACUUCACACCCGGUGACAGGCAAGCCAUGCUUGCGAUACCACGAGCCUUGGCCCGAGACCAAGACGAAAUUCGACGCCACCAACAUCGCGAUCGAGGGCCUUUCUGCGGCAGAGAGCGCAAAGCUGUGCGAAGCCAUUGACGAGACUCUGCAUGACCGCCGCGUUGCCCUGUAUCACGCCUGGGAAAAGGGCGACAUGGUCGUCAGCGAUAACAUCUUGAUGAUGCACACCCGCAGUGACUUCCAGUCUGGCUGUGAUCGUGAGCUCUGGCGCAUUCACUUUGACUAG